AUGUUAUUGGUAGAUCUUUACAAACCAAGAAUUUUAGAAGAUGUUUUAGGCAAUAAACAAGUGAUUAAAAUAAUAGAGGAAAUGGGAGUUGAUUUUCCACAUUUAUGUUUAACUGGUCCUCCUGGUACUGGCAAGACAACUGUAGCUCAUAUACUAAAAUCACAGUUUAAAUCAUUAGAAUUGAAUGCUUCUGAUGAGAGAGGAAUAGAUGUUGUUAGAAAUAAGAUAAAGAAUUUCUGUAAUAGAAUUGAUAAUAAACAGUUAUUAAUAAUUCUUGAUGAGUGUGAUAAUUUAACAUUAAUUGCACAACAAGCUUUAAGAAGACUGAUGGAAGGUGAUACAAAAUUUAUUCUAAUAUGUAAUGAUGUUUCUAAAGUAAUAGAACCAAUUCAAAGUAGAUGUGCCAUUCUUAAGUUUGAAAGAAUAUCAAUUAGUGAGUUUUUACCAAGAAUUAAAGAAAUUUGUAAGAAAGAGAAUUUGAAUUUAACACCUAGUGCAUUAAAAACAGUUAUCAACCUGUCAAAAGGUGAUUUUAGAAAUUGUCUCAAUAUUUUACAACCUUUAAUUAAUUUGAAAUGUGAAAUAACUGAUACGUUUUUAUAUAAACUUAAUGGAGUUCCUUCUUACGAUAAAAUUGAAACACUUUAUCAUUUAAUUAAAGAUGUAAAUUUAAAAGAGAUUAAUUUGUUAUUAAAUGAAUUAACAGAUAAUUAUGAUAAUUCAGAUAUAAUUUCAGGAUUGUAUCAAAUAUGUAAAAUUAAUAAUGAUUUUAAUAUCUUAAAAGUGUGUAGUAAAUAUCAGUUUAAAUUAGUUAAUGGAAUUAAUUCAAAAAUUCAGUUAUUUUCUAUGAUUUAUUUAAUUAUUAAAGAUAAUUAA